GAGAUACUUUCCCAAAUAAUAAAGGAGAACGAUCUUGAUUUUGAAUCGGAUAAUAUUGGAAUGACCAGUACACCCAAAUCCAAUAAUCUUGAUAUUAAUGGGAAUGAUUUAAUUGAAUUAGAGAUUUUGGCCAGUGAAUUAAACGAAGAGAAUGAUUUAGAACAAGACGAUGAAGAAUGGGAUUUUGAAUUUGAUGACGAAGAAGAAGAAGAAGAUUAUGCGGAUGAAUUAUUAUAUGGGAAUGCUAAAACCAAUUUCAUGCCGCUGAGUAGAGACGGAUUGAAUGAUAAACUAUGGACUCAAGUAUCUGAAUUAAGAAAAAAGAAGGAAUCGGAUGGCAAGCCUACUAAAGAGAUAUUCAAAUCAAUUUUAAAACCAAUGGAAAGGGUUAAAGAAGAAAAGAAAAAAUCGGUUAGGUUUAAUGAUACUCUUGAUAUUCAACAAGUGGCUAAUAUAAGUGAAGAAUUGAAACAAAUGGCGCAAUACAAUCAAAGUUUUUCAAGAUUUAAACAAGAACGAAAUUAUCAAAGACAAACCAAUGAGCCAAUAACCAUUGAAAAAGAGGAGGAUUUUGAAGAACCACUUAGUGAGUUUAUAAUUGAGAAGAACGUUGAACCCGAAGAAGAAGACGAUCAAGUGGGGGAAGAUGAAUAUUAUGAUAGCGAUUCAUUUAGUUUAGAAGUUGAAGAAGCCGCCAAUUUUACCAGUUUCGAAGAGACGAGUUCGGAGUUUAUUGAGGAUGAGAUCAGAAUAAGCGAGCCCAAGUAUGCUAAUAAGAUACUGGUUAAGGAUGAGUACGAGAAGGAAGACGAAUUCAUCAACCGACAAAAAUUGAUGGAGGAAUCGAUCCGAGAGAAUGAGGAUAUGCCUAAGAAGGUAUCUAAAUUCAAAGCAAUGAGAGGGAAAAAGGGUGUUAGUGAUGUUGAAAAAGAUGACAAUGUUGUUAGUGAUAUUGUUGAAAAAGAUGACAGCGUUAGUGAUGUUAUUGAAAGAGAGUUUAAUGAUAACGUUGUUAGUGAUGUUGUUGAAAAAGACGACAACGUUAGUGAUAUUGGGGAACCGAUCGGAGAGAAUGAAGAUAUGCCUAAGAAGGUAUCUAAAUUCAAAGCAAUGAGAGGGAAAAAGGGUGUUAGUGAUAUUGUUGAAAAAGAUGUUGCUAGUGAUAUUGUUGAAAAAGAUGUUGCUAGUGAUAUUGUUGCAAAAGAUGUUGCUAGUGAUAUUGUUGAAAAAGAUGUUGCUAGUGAUAUUGUUGAAAAAGAUGUUGUUAAUGAUAUUGUUGAAAAAGAUAUUGUUAAUGAUAUUGUUGAAAAAGAUAUUGUUAAUGAUAUUGUUGAAAAAGAUGUUAAUGAUAUUGUUGAUGUUAUUGAAAGAGAUAAUGACAACGUUAAUGUUAAUGACGUUGGCAAUGAAAAGAAAGUUUCUAGAUUCAAAUCCAUGAGACAGGCCAAGCCCAAUAAGACAAAGAGUCAACCAAAGAGUCAACCAAAGAGUCAACCAAAGAGUCAACCAAAGAGUCAAGAUACAAAGAGUCAAGAUACAAAGAGUCAACCAAAGGGUCAAGAUCUAAAUGAAGUACUGGUGGAUUACGGUGGCAUCGAAGAUAUGGAUACCAUGGCCCGUGCAUACGUGCUAGGGGCCUACGACGACGAUAUCAUGACCGAAGGCCCGGUAGUCGACAAAGUGGAAGACUUCGAGGUGCUCAACAAGAUGAUCAACAGCUUCCAACAAGAAGAAGAAGACGAAGACACCAAGCAAAGAAGAGUGGAACAGCGAAAGAAACAACUCAAGUUGAAAAACAUGAAUCAAUACGACGAGAAAUUAGACGUCAUUGGCGGAGAAUACUCCGAAGAAGAAGAAGAAGGCGAUGAAAUCAUGACGGAUGACAUCAUCGAACGAGAAACCAACCACGUCAACUCGAACAUCGAGGACGAGAUCCUAGGACAAGAAAUCAAAGACAAUUAUAACAGAAUGAGACAAAAGAUGAUUUUCGAACGCGGAGGCUACUUGCAGAACGAGCAAGAACAGGAAUUCGAGUACCACCAGUCGCCGGUGGUGGACGAACAGGGUAAUCCUGUUCGAGUAAGUCGUUUCAAAAGCAAACGAUUGGGGUUGUAAACAACGAAAACUUGACAGAAUUGUGGGGUUGAAAAGUGGGAGCAAUUUCCGGGGUUUACCACUAGUACUUUAUAUACCUUGUAAUGCCAGUACCACCACUCCAC